AUGGCUUCAUACGCAAUCACCGGAGCCUCUCGGGGCAUUGGCCUCGAAUUCGUGCGCCAGCUCGCCGCCAAUGAAAAUAAUACAGUCCUGGCGAUUGUGCGCAACCCCGAGUCGCAAGCAAUUUCUGAACUUGCUGCCAGCUCCCCCCAACGCGACGUGACUGACCCAAAGUCCAUUCUCGAUGCCGCUUCUGCCGCAGCUGCCAUCACGGGCGGGAAGUUGGAUGUUCUUAUCCACAACUCGAAUGCUGUGGAUGUAGCUACCGUGGGCCUCAGCCCUUCGCAAAUUCCUGUCGAUACUGAAGCGACCCGGAAGUCCUUUGAGCCAUCGCUUUACACGGGCGUCUACGGUAGUCUUUGGGCGACCAACGCCUUCUUGCCCCUGAUUGAGAAGGGCGGCCAGAAGAAGAUUGUGCAUAUCUCAAGCGGCAUGGCAGACUUUGGUCUCAUCAGAAAAGCUGGUAUCACCUACGGUGUCGGAUACUCCGCGGCCAAGGCCGCAAUGAACGUUCAAGUUGCCAAGUACGCCGUGGAGCUUGCGCCGAAAGGGAUCAAGGUGCUAGCGUUGAGUCCUGGAUGGGUCGACACGUGGGACAUGGGAGAGAAACCCGCCGAAGUGGUUCAAGCAACUUCCGGCAUGCUGUCGCUGUUUAGAGCAGUGGAGCCAGAACUGAAGGGACAAAUCCAGCCCGAGGAAAGUGUCAGAAAGUGCCUGCAGGUCAUUCGGGAUCUGGACGCUGAGUCCAGCGGCAUGUUCUUGAGUCACAAUGGAAACCAGACAAACUGGUUCUGA